CCGUCAUUCCGUCAAUAUUUUUUCAACUCUGCCGCCAAAUUAUUUCCAGUUCGUCUUCGCUAGUUACACUUGCGCUUACACAACGUAAAGAAAAAAGUCAUGCACAUACACUCGCAUCAUCUGAUCAUCCCUUGAUUGUCCUAACCUAUACGUUUUCAUCUCUCUCGCGAACCUGAGAUUCCCUCCUUUCUCUCGAUUAGGAUGACAUUAGCGGCGUGACAAAUUGUGCAGGUGAAGAACGUCGCAUUUGACCGCAGGGAAGACGGAAUAUGGGCCUAAAGGCAGCCGUUCAGGCUCUGAAGAAAGCAGAACCGUUAAAGGACAAGGUUCAACGUUGCAAGGAUCUGCUUAACGACAACGAUGCCUGGGUAUGCCAGCAACAAUUACAAAAGAUAUAUCAGCAGGUUCUCAUACUGGAUCUGGAGUAUGCCUUGGAUAAGAAGGUCGAGCAGGAACUGUGGAGUCUUGGAUUUAAGAAUUAUAUAGUGACUCUGCAGUCGCAGGCCAAGGACAGGAAGAAUCCCAAGCGAGGCGAGUCCCAGGCACUGCUCAGUUGGUGCCUAGAAGCAGCCAGUGGUUUCUACUUGACCUUGCUACAGGAAAUUUGUACUGUGUUUGAUUUAGAUCUACCGUUUAGAAGGAAAGGUUACGUGUAUGGAUGUACAUCUCCAUGGAAGGCGGUUGAGAAAUUAUCUCCACCUCACAAAUCUUCUUGCUUUUAUGCUUGCCAAUAUUGCCUUGUACAUCUGGGUGAUAUCGCACGGUACAGAAAUGAGAGCAAACAAGCCGAGAUGUUUUACAGACAUGCUGUCUCACUGUCGCCAUCAAGCGGACAGCCAUAUAAUCAAUUAGCGCUUCUAGAAGCUUCUCGUGGCAAUAAAUUGGGCACGGUGUUUCACUAUGCACGUUCAGUAGCUGUGAAACAUCCUUUCCCUGUCGCUACAGCAAAUCUUGCUACGACUCUAUCCUCUGCUUUGAAUGACAAAUCGUUCAAUAUCGACGGCAAGACUAAAUUGAAUUCUCAGGAGUAUAUCACUGUUUUUCUGAAGCUACAUGGAAUCAUCCAUAUUCUUGGCGAUUUGAAGCUAGCAUGCUCGUAUAGCAAGCAAUUGACGGAAACGCUGACUGCGUUGGUAGCCACUGAGAGCUUCAGUUCAUGGAUGCUCGUACAGAUGUUGGUGAUUAAUCUAUAUGCUUUGCAACAUACAGCCGGGAUUGGCACCGAUAAUGUGGAAUUACUCAAGAACGAGCAAAUGGUGAAUAAUAAAAAGCUCGCUCGCGACUGUAUACUGGACCUAAUUGCAGGUACUCUGUCUGCCUUGCUGUUACCCGUUUACACGAUGAAGAACUCUAUCAUCGAGUAUUUUGCCUUGCCUUCUAUAAAACUGUGCCUUGAUUGGAUCAACAUAAAACCAACGGUUUUGGAAGAAGUUGCUUUUACAUCAAGAUUACAGAUAUGGCCCAGUCUUUGUGUGCUUUUGAAUGCCUUGCAGAAUUGCGUAGUGGAUUUUAAAUAUGAUGAAUAUGUUGCAGUACCACUGCCAGAAGAUCGUGACCUUCAAGGUUUUCUACCAUUAGAGAAGAGUUUCGAGAAUCUCAGAUUCACGAAUACAGCGUUGGAAGGUGAUAUCGCGACAUUAAACAAAUUACGGGCGGUACGCAUUUUGCAUCUGGGUCAUUGCUUCGCUCAGUAUCAAAUCAAUGGAUCAACACCAAUCUCAAUUAUGACGGAGGAGAAAACCGGUGAUCACAAAUUCACGUCUAUGAGUAACGGCGCUGGGCCCAGCAACGAAUUGAUGAAGGAACUUGAGGAACUUAGUUUAAACAAGGACAAACAGCUCAAUACUUCGAUGAGCCCAGUACUGUCCGAAGCAGCUAGUAGCAAGAGUUCUGUAGAAACCGAUCUUGAGAUUCUUGCAGAUAAGAAAAUUUUCCAAGGUAUUCUUAAACCGCAAGGCUCCUUAGAAAGAAACCGAGAUUCCUCAGUGAAUACCGCAGAGACAACGAGCAACAGCGAGAUAAAUUCUCUUCCAUGUGCAAGAAAACCACGACAGAAUAUAGCAAUGCAGGCAAUUAUGCGUCGUGCAGAGAAUGAGCAGAAACAGGUGACAUUCAAGAAUGUAUCACCUGUAAUUGUUGAAGAAGAAAGUGAUAAAAAGUCAAAAGUAGUGACCGUUCCAUCGAUUACUUCUGUUGCAAACAAAUCAACACCAAUUCCAGAAAUAUCCAAAGUUAAUGAACCUGCCAAUACAAAUAACAUCCUUGUUAAUGUUCAGAAUCGGCUAUCGGCGAUGCCACUCGCUCCGUCUACCAGUCCGAAUCAAUCUUUGUUGAUUCAGAAUCAGCAAAGAUCCACAAAAUUGCCACCUAGCAUUCCCAUGGCCAAUCAAAUAAAUCAAUUGACAGUCAAAGAGCAACAAACUCAGCAAGUUGCUCAACAAAUUCUUCCGCAAAUGCACACUAGCAUGACGUCGCAGUGCGGUCAACAACCGUCGACAUUGGGAUCGGUUUGCUUCUCGAAUCAAUCGUUCAACGUGCAGAAUCCGCAAUUCGCUAAGAACUUUAUGGCAAAUCGAUCGCCACUGGCAAACACGCCGCGUUAUCAAAUGCAAGGGCAACUCAAUAAUAACGGCCAGCCGGUUCCAACGAUGUCACAGGGCAUCAAUGGAAUACAUCAUACAAUUAGUCAAAGCAGACCAUUGCAUCAGAGGGUAUCACAGACUGUAUCUCAUAGUCCAGCGCAGUUAUUGCAGCAAAACGUACAGCUGGGAUCAUCUGCUCAACAAAAUAUGAUACCGCAAAGCAUGAAUUUGCAAACCAAUAAUAUGGGACUGCAAUCAAGUAUAAGCAUGGAACAACCAAAUUCGAUGGGGCUACAAAAACAGCAGACCAUGAUGCCGAGCAAUCCCAGACCAAACGACAUGCACAGUCAAUUAAAUAUCAACGGUUCGAAUAUGGCAAAUAUGUCGGCAAUAAUGUCGGCAUUGUCAGUAUAUGAAAAAGAUCCUCAGCAGCAAACUUUGACGACGUUGGCGAAUUCGCAGAGCCCGACAACCAACACGUCAAAUUUUCAGUUGAACUUCACUCAUUUCAAUCAGAAUCAAUCCUUUGGACAAACGUUGUCACAAAGUCAACCAUCACCAUCUUUUUACAAGAAGAAUUCAGACCUAAUAGAUUUUCCAUUCCCGAAUCAGGUCAAUGUAACUAAGAAUCAGCCACAGCAACAGCAAUCUGUGGCGAACAGUUACAUGUUCUCCAAUUACGAGCCGACUGAGCACUUUAACUUGUGGAAGGACAGUCGACCACCUCAACCACCGAUUGCCUGGUGGGGUUCGGCUAACAAUGCAACGACCCAGAUGCACAUGAAGGAUUCGAUCACUAAUGAUAACACGUUCUCGAACUGGAGCGAUUCGUCCACUCUGGCAAAUACGGCGAGUAGAAUUCCGUUGACACCAGGCAAAAAUUAUCAACCGCAACAACAAAACGGACAACAUGGCAGACAUCUUAUGGCAGGAGGAAGUAACUUUGAAGAUUCCAGAUUGUUUGAGCUCGAACAGAAGCCGUCCCAAGCAAUGAGCACCGGCAAUACUUACUCCUUGUUCAGUGGCAACACAUGGAGUACCGUUAAUACAUCGAUUAAUUCGGGCUCAACCAAUCAAGAUCCAAUGAAAACACGGCUCCAUCAGCAGUCUCUGUGGUCCGGCCCGGGUCCUUCCCCGUUAGAGCGGCUUUUGGAGCAACAAAAGUCGCUACGCGAGGGAGGUACCACUUGAAGGGACGCGCGGAGGAUCCGCUGAGGAGGCCAAGCAGAGUGUAAUUUCGCGUUUAGCGUAUGCCGAUUUAAGUAACCACAAGCGUGCGCGGCGGCGAAUAAUUACCUAAUCAUUUGACAAGAGAUAUGCAAAAUUCUCAAAAGAUAUGUAAGGAAAGAGCGGAUAACUGAGGAUGACCGUGGUGCAGCGUCUUCCUCGAAGCAUUAUGAUAUGCACAGGGGUAAUAUAAUCUUCGUUAUUUUUCAAUUGCACAUACGAGAUCUACGAGAUACUCGGUAUAUACAUUUUCGGAGUGGAUUUUUUGCAAAUUAAGCAAAGCAAAGCGAAAGACAAAUGUUUGUCGAAUGGCAAUUCACAACUGCAAUUUAAUUCGUAUGAAAAUAAAUAGAAAAACAACAAGAAAAGGUAUUAGAAGUGCGAAAGUUGUGGUAGCUCUUAGCAAAACGUUAAUUAGUAUACAGGAAAUAAAGGAAAAUGUAGACACUAAUUACGAGUGACGCGCGCAUGACUUUGUAUCUUUGGCGUAUUUAGAAGACUCACAAUAAACACGUCUGAUUUAUCGAAACUGAUCGAGCGGCGCGCGUUAUGUUUCAACUUUACAACAUCCCGAAUGCAAAGAUUGUAUACUUUGAAAAUCAGACGGAUGGACAACAAUUAUGAUUGAAUUCAUUUUUAAAGUAAUAACUUUAUUUCGUAUAUAGAAGUAUCAUACAUUAAUAACAUUUCUGUCCGUAAUAUUAUAUGUAAGUUGUAUCACAUACGUCGUGACUACACAAUGCAUACAUCACGAAGUUUUCCUUCGUUUCGUCGCGAUAAAGUUCUUGAAAUUCUCAUUCUACAUCAAAACUUCUGAUAUUAAUUUACUGAAAGAAUAUAUAGGAAGCAUUUCAGGCAAAAA